CCGCAGGCGGCGCGCGCCAGAACGACGUCAACGCAACUCCCUGAGCGCUCCGGUUCCGUGUACGCCGCCGGCUUCGGCGGAGUCCUUCCCGGGACCGGGACCGGCAGUUUGUGAGAACCUUUGCGGUCGUCAUGGACAACUCCGGGAAGGAGGCAGAGGCAAUGGCGCUGCUGGCCGAGGCGGAGCGCAAAGUGAAGAACUCUCAGUCCUUCUUCUCCGGCCUCUUCGGAGGCUCAUCCAAAAUAGAGGAAGCAUGUGAAAUCUACGCCAGGGCAGCAAACAUGUUCAAAAUGGCCAAAAACUGGAGUGCUGCUGGGAAUGCUUUCUGCCAGGCUGCCCAGCUGCACCUCCAGCUCCAGAGCAAGCACGAUGCAGCCACCAGCUUUGUGGAUGCUGGCAACGCCUUCAAGAAAGCUGACCCACAAGAGGCCAUUAAUUGUUUGAUGAGAGCCAUCGAAAUCUACACCGACAUGGGUCGAUUCACAAUUGCAGCCAAGCACCACACUUCCAUUGCUGAGAUCUAUGAGACGGAGCUGGUGGACAUCGAGAAGGCGAUCGCCCACUAUGAGCAGUCUGCAGACUAUUACAAAGGCGAGGAGUCCAACAGCUCAGCCAACAAAUGUCUGCUGAAGGUGGCGGGCUACGCAGCUCAGCUGGAGCAGUACCAGAAGGCCAUUGACAUCUAUGAACAGGUGGGGACCAGUGCCAUGGACAGCCCCCUCCUCAAGUACAGCGCCAAGGACUACUUCUUCAAGGCAGCUCUCUGCCACUUCUGCAUUGACAUGCUCAAUGCCAAGCUUGCUGUCCAGAAGUAUGAGGAACUGUUCCCAGCCUUCUCCGAUUCCCGGGAAUGCAAGCUGGUAAAGAAGUUGCUAGAUGCCCAUGAGGAACAGAAUGUGGACAGCUACACGGAGUCGGUGAAGGAGUACGACUCCAUCUCAAGGCUGGACCAGUGGCUCACCACCAUGCUGCUUCGCAUCAAGAAGACCAUCCAGGGCGAGGAGGAGGACCUGCGCUAAGCACCGCCCACCUGCGCUGAGAGGUGGGCCAGGACCCGCCCUCCCCUCCCCCACCAGGGGAGUCUGCAGGCCACGUGGGUAGCAGUGUGGGCUCCACACCCUCCACCAGGGGCCCAGCGCGGGGCCUGCUGGCCGGACAGUCACCUCUGAUUUUGCUACUUCCUCUGCCCCCUGCCCAUCUAUUUAAGCCCCUCACGGGCGUUGUCCUCCACUAGAAGCAGCUGGACAGAACCGUGGAUACAGACCUCUGCUGCAGGGGCUGCUGGGGGCUUGGGGUCUGCAUCCGGCCUGCCCUCCUGACCAGCUGAAACACAGCUGGUUGCUUUUGCUCUCAUUUGCUCCCAGCUGAGCUCUGAGCACUAGUAACCUCCUAUUUGCUCUUUCCACGGGGGUGGCCAUGCCCUGGCUUCCCUCAGCCCCAACCUCUCAGGUUAAACCUUGGUCUGGAGCCCACAGGGCUCCCCUGCCUCUGCCCUGCCUGCUCCUCCCCCAAAGCGUCCAGGUCUGUCAGCCAGCAGUGGGAAGCCAUUGCUGGCCCAAGAAGGAAAUAAAAGCCACCACUUUUGCAUGA